CUUGUGUGUACAAGAGGGAAGUGUGUGGAGUGACAAUGGCAUGUAACGUGAGUGAGUUCGUGAACAGCUGAUUAUUAUUAUUAUUAUGUUCGUUUAUAUAUGAAUCGUGAUCUAAAUGUGGCCAAAAUGCCUGUUCGGAAGUACAGAAGAGACACUAGUGAAGUUAGCUGUUGCUUGAAGUAUGUUAUAUUUGGAUUUAACGUGAUGUUUUGGUUGCUGGGCCUGGGCAUUUUGGCUGUUGGGGUUUGGGCGUGGACGGAGAAGGACACGUUCAACAACCUGAGUCGCCUCACAAACAUUGCUCUCGAUCCUGCCUUCAUACUGAUAUUAAUUGGAACUGUGACGUUUAUCAUUGGAUUUACGGGCUGUGUAGGUGCACUUCGUGAAAACACGUGCCUACUGGCAGCUUAUGCAAUCUUCCUGGCAAUCUUACUGUUGCUGGAAAUGACAGCAGGAAUAUUGGGUUUCAUUUUCAAAGACUGGAUUAAAAACCAAGCUACUGGGGGCUUUCAAGCAUUUAUCAUUCACUACAGAGAAGAUCCUGACCAGCAGAACCUUAUAGACUGGAUACAAGAGGACUGGCUGCAAUGUUGUGGCAUAGAAGGCCCCAAGGAUUGGGAUCGUAAUAAUUACUUCAAUUGUUCAUCAAGAGAUGUUGGAAGUAGAGAGGCUUGUGGUGUACCCUUUUCCUGUUGUAAACGGAAGCCAAAUGAGAUUAUUAAAAACAAGCAGUGUGGAUAUGAUGUUCGAAAACCUGGUUAUUUGGUUGACAGACUAAUCUUCUCCUCUCAGCCUGGGGAGCGCAACAUCUUCGAGCGAGGGUGUCUGCGCGCAGGUGAAGAGUGGGUUGAGGCUAACUUGGUACCAGUGGCAGGAGUAGCUGUAGGGGUGGCAGUUUUACAGCAAUAUGAUGUGGCCAAGAUAGUAAAUGAAAAAGGCUGUGUCCAAGCUGGCGAGGAAUGGAUGGAAAGAAAUCUGUUGAUCGUAGCUGGAUUUGCAGUGGCCACUGCUUUUCUACAGAUACUGGGCAUCUGUUUUGCCCAGAAUCUCCGGGCAGAUAUAUUUGCCCAAAAGGCAAAGUGGCAUUGACAAUUAAGGGCUUCCACUGCAGUUUAGUGUCAUUCAGUAAUGGAAGGUGACAAAAGACUCUUCUCAUCAAUGCAGCUGUGAAGAACAUCUUUUAAUACUGAACUUUAAAGUAAUAUGCAUAGGAGUAAAUAUGUCAUCUUCUCUGCAGUGUGGAGCCCGUAAAAAGUAUCAUCUUACUUUAAUAAAUUAUAGACAUCAAAGUCCAACAAGAGAGUAUUAAAGUACAGACACUAGUAUCUACAAUGUGUUCAUAUGUGAACAGCUGUGAAAGAUUUAUGUGACAGUGCACAAAAACUAAAUAUAUGAUGUCUCUAUGUAGAAAUGAACAAUUACUGAUUACGAGUGUAAUGUGGGAGAUAUCAACUGGUGACUGUUGUAUGAAAGAAUAUUUUCUAUAUCAAACAUUAUAUAUGCUGAUAUUCCAGUACGUGAACUUAGGACCCAUUAGAAUUUGGGCUAUGCUGUGGCAUAACAAAGUGUCUGUGUGUGCACAAGUAUGUUUAAACACUUGCAUUCAUACAUCACAUGUUUCUGUGAUGUAAUAUGCAAAGUAAAGUUCAUUUUCUGGAUUAUAUGAGUGUUUUAUGCAGAUGUAUAAAGCUGGUUUAGAGUAACAUAUUUCAUAGCAUAGCUGAAGAAUGGUGAUUCUGAAUGGCAAUUCCUGUGCAACAGGAGACAUUGACCAUUUCAGCAUGUCACAUCUAAGUUAAAUGUAAAAUUGUGACAUGCUGGAGCAUAACAUAAGAUACUCAUUUUAAUUUAUGUCUUUAAAAUGCUCACUCUGAUAAGGUUUUGUAUUUUUAAUAUAUUUUUACAUUUUAAUACUUUUAUUAUAUUAAAAUAAAUGUCCAUAUUUAAUUUUAUGAUAUAUUAAUACUCUGUUUCCAAAUGAUAAUCCCUUUAAUCUGAAUAUCAUUUGGACUUUUAUGUGUGAAGGUGAUGUGAUGAGAACCACAGCAUUUUAUUAGGAUUUUGAACAGAUACAUCGAUACACACCUGGAAGGAGAUGUGCAUAAUGUAAUUCAUGAAGAAAGAGAAGUACAAUGUAUUUCCAUGAGUUAAUUAGUAAGUCUCUUGGAUGGUAAUUUAUAUGAAAAUAAAUGCAACUGUGUUGACAGAAGGUCCUGUUCUGGAAAUUCCAUCUUAGUGCUAUAAACAGUUUUAAGUUUCAUUCUUUGAUAUCAAAAGUGCAGAAGUUUGUUACUUAUUUCACUUCAGAUGUUAUGUUUCUUGAAAGUUAAUCAACUCUUGCAUGAGCUGCAUGGUUAUGAUGUGAUAAGUUGUGCAUUAUUAAUUUGAUGAAUUUUGACCAGAGUCCUCCUGCCCCUUUCCCUAACAGUCUGUUUAUUAGUACCCUUGUGCUUUUUCCAGCAUGCAUCAAUUGUUUGCCAGUGUGUGUGCCAGAUAAUAUUGACUGAAAAACAGCAUUCAUUUUGACUGAAAUGGUGGGCCUGUAUUCCGGUGUAAAAGUUGCAAAGCUAUGAAUGACAUCAGCAUAAGAAAUUUUCUUUACAGUUUUCUAUGUACUUAAACUGCAUGAAUUUCCAUGGUGAAAGCACUAAAGGUGACAUUUACCCAUCUCUGUAGGACAUUCAUAGCCCUAUUAAUGGUAAAAGAAACUGAAUAUAUUACAUAUUCUGCUGUAUAUUUCGUAUGUGAAAUAUUCUCAAAGGGGUGGAAUUAAACUCAGGGCACUUAAAAAUGUUCAAGCUCUCUGCAAUAUGUCCACCAUUAUUACCGUGUCAACUGAAUAAAUUGUCUUUGAAAAUUCUGGAAUCAAAACUGGGUGGAAGUAUGGCACUAUUAUAUAGCUUAAUGAGGUGUACAUGAAGGUACGGAACUUGCUAAACUUGAUUGAAAACUAUUUUAAUUUUUUAUGCUGGCAACUUUCUUUCAUAGGAGAUUGCAUUGUUCCUAAACUAUUGUUAUGGAGGCAUGAGAUCUAAUAUAAAGAAGCUUUAGGCCUACAUUUCAUCAGCUAGAAUUGUUACAUUGACUUUGUGGAACAAAAUUUGUAGCAAGUAAAAUUCUGUGUUCGAUAUGAAGCUCUCACAGCAGUGGCUGUGAAAAGUACAGUUUUCUGGGUUGUAACACUGUGUAAUACAGCAAGAGACACAACAUUUUGGAGGAACAUUUAGCCUUCAUCUCCAGAGUCAAAUAGUAGCCAAGCAGGAAAUCAGCAGAAACACGCAACUACCUGGGCUAGAUUGUUGUUUGGCUUACUCUUUUAAAUGUCAGCCCCUCUCCAAACCACACAGCAUUACCACCCAGGUGACUAUGCUUUCCAAAUACAUUCUGUUAACAUUAUUGGUAAAGGUCCAGAUUCAAACUCAAACCACUUGGAGUGAAUUUCAUAAUGAUAUUAUCUCUAUGUAUUCAAAAUAUAAUGGCAUCUAAAUCAUUUCUCUAAGCCAGUUAGAUUAAAUAAUAUCAUGAGAGGAAGGUAUGUAAUUGUGAAAAAUGAGCAAUGGAGACUGUUACUUAGUCAUAGUUUUUAUACCAAAGUGAUUUGGACUUGAAUAGUUAUAUGCUAAACUUCAAUGAAGAGCAGAUACAUAUCACAAAAAUAACUGUCUUAAGAAUCACGUGAUUUCAUGUGUGGUAUGAUAUGAUGUAAUAAAUGAAAGUUUAAAGGUCCCACAUAAAGGUGUUAACUUUGACAGAAGAAGGUGAUUUCCUAAUUUAAAUCUUCUGUCAUAUUUGAAAUUGUAUGCAGUUAUAAGAAAAAUUAAAAUUUGUCUCAUUUCAUUUAUAAUAACUUAAAGUACCAAUAACAAGAAUUGUUACAAAAUCAUGAUAUAAUUGCAUAAUUACCUUAGUCUUAUCUUAUCCUCCCACUUUUCUGCAAAGGAAUCUCAAAAACAUCUGAAGACAUUGUUUCUUUCUGGUGUAUUCUUAUGUACUUCUUCGGGCUAAGAGCUCCAAGUGAAAUUUGACAAGGAUUACACUAUAAUAGUAAAUAAACUGCUGGACUCGUUAGGACAGAUCUUUUUUUAGAUGUAGAUGAUAUUUUAUGUUAAUGGUUUAAAGCUGUUUCUUUUCUCCUGAAUAAGUUGAGGCACUUGACUCUGG